ACACCCAUUGUCGGGUAUUUAUGUUCAGGUUUUAUUUCAAUGGAUUAUUGACAUAAUAUUUCCCAUUCAUUGAAGCAUUUCUUUUUGUGGGGGAACAUUACAUUAUUUUACCAUUCAAACUAUAAACAAAAGUGCAUCAAAGUGAUUUGCGACAGUUGGCAACGGUCAAUUUAUCUGAAACAAUGGGCACCGAGGUGAUAAACGUUAGUUUUGAUGUGCUGCAAGAGGAGCUGGACAAAGCAAAAUCAACUCUAAAAGGUUUGAAUGACAAUAUUAGGCGAAUCAGUGGCCGAGAGCCACCCGAUCAAUUGAGAGGUGACCGUAAGCGUCCACUAGAUAGACGUUCCGACCGAGACCGUAAUGAAUACGGUUCACAAUUGGACUCAAGAAAUCGAUUAAACACACGCGAUAGAGAUCGUGAUCGGGAUAGAGACAGAGAUGUUUCACCGCCGGCUAAACGUAAACCGGAAACAAAGUCAGUGUUCAGCCGUUUGUCGGGACCGCCGGCUAGUGGUGGUCGGGACGAUGAUGUCAAACCGAAAUUGAAUUCGCGCAUAAUUCGUGAGCUGCCGACCAAAGAAGAAAUUGUUGAAGCGCAGGGCAGUGAUCCGGCCAGUCGGGCUCGUAAUCGUCGAAUGUUUGGCUCGUUGUUGGGUACAUUGCAGAAAUUUUGCCAGGAAGAGUCGCGUCUCAAGCAAAAGGAACAGAAAAAGGCACAAAUCGAAAAGAAACUGGAAGAUCAACAGAAUCAAGAGCGUGAAAUCAUGAAAAAAGAGCGACAAAAUCUGUACAACAAUCGAAAGCGACAACAAAUGGAAAUCAAAAUGUUGGAGAGUAAAAUGAAUUUGAUGAAAGAGUUUGGAACAUGGGAAGAAUCGAAGAAGCCGCUCAUGAAUUUCAUUCGAACAAAAACCAAGCCACGCAUCUACUAUCUUCCAAAGGUUUUGGACAAACGAACCGAACGCAAGUUGGAAGAAUGCAAACGUGAUAUUGAAAAACAAAUUGAAAAACGACGUGCUGAGGUUAACGAGGAGAUGGCGGAAAUUGUAAAUCGCUUCGAAGCGGCGACUGAAGCACUGCAACCAUUCUACGAUUCGCAUAAUGAUAGCGCUCAAAAUAAUUCGUUGCUUGAACAAAGUUCGGCCAACAAUCAUACGGAGGACAAUGAUGACUACUAUCACAACAAUUUUAAGUCGUCAGUCAACAAGCGCAACGAUGAAUCGCUGAACCAUGGGAAGGAGCACGAUGAUAGUACCAACGAAGAUGAUGACGAUGAUGAUGCCGAUACCAAUGAUGAAAGCGACUCGAAAAAAAUCGUCAGCAUCAAAAUCGAAAAGGAUGAUGAGCUAUUCACGAAAAGUGAAGCGAGUGAACCGGUUUCGGGAGUUCAACAUUCCGAUAAUGAGGAAAAUAAUGAUUUAAAGCCACAACGAAGUCGUUCAUCCAGCCAAACUUGAGCGACAACACAACGAAAGAAAAACAAAAUCCAACCAGCCAGAUUCAAUUUUCAUGGAACAAACGAAAAACAAGAACGAGAUAAAAAGAACAUAAAAAUACCAACAUUUAGCACGUUAAGCCAUUUGAUGAAUUAUCAUGAAUAACUCAAUCGAUUCGUAUUAUAACGUUUAAUUUAAUUUAAAUUGUUUGAAUUGAAAAGUUUUGCAACACUGGAGCUCUGCUGAAGAACAGAGAGUAGCACGGAUCCGACAGUCACGAUUUACGAUUUUCAAAGAUACCAACAACAAUUAUUACAAGAAAAACCACACAUACAAACACACACACACACACAUUUGCUGAGAAAAAAUGAUUGCCGAUUUCGAUAGAAACUUGAUUAUUCAAUAAAAUUUCCUUCUUCAGUUCGAAUUUUGAACAUUGAAUGUUUAGCCUGUAUCUCAUUGAUUUUAUAUGCUGUAAAUCAAAUAAACUUGAAUCACAAAAUAAGAGCAAUCAUA